AUGAACAAUAUAAGGCUUCCUCCUGAUGCCAAUCGCAUUGUGUUCGUUAGGAACUUGCCAGAUUUAAUCAACAGUGUUGAACUGUAUGAGCUUUUUGGGAAAUGCGGCCCUAUACAAGAAAUUAGGCUGGGUAAAACAACAAGUCAGGAAACCAGGGGAAAAGCCUACGUCGUCUAUGAAGACGUGUUUGAUGCAAAAACAGCAGUUGAUACAUUAUCUGGUCAGAAUGUGACAGGAAGAUACAUCGAUGUCAUGUUUUACCGUCCUGAAAAGAAAGAUGCAAAUUAUAAGGCAAACCUUCAAAUGAAAAGAAAGACAAUUGCUGCUUUGAGAGAGAAGCUACAGGCCUAAAAAGUCAUCAAAUUCGAGGAGAGACGUUGACUUAGAUCUUCUUCAUUCACAAAACAGUGUCAGGAUGGCUUUGCAUACACAAAGUAAAUAGAUGUACAGAAUACGCAAGCAACACUGUAUAUGCUGAGUUGAAAAUGUUGCUGUAUAGCAUUCAUCUUUCUUAUGUGGAUGUCUAAGUUUAAAUUUGGUUAGCCAGGCUUCUGGUUUCAGAAACAGUGUAGCACAGCGAUUGCAUAAC